AUGUACAACAUGAUGGAAACCGAGCUGAAGCCUCCCGCCCCCCAGCAAACUUCGGGGGGAGGCACGGGCAACUCCAACUCGGCCGCCAACAACCAGAAGAACAGCCCGGACCGGGUCAAGAGACCCAUGAACGCUUUCAUGGUGUGGUCCCGGGGCCAGCGGCGGAAGAUGGCCCAAGAGAACCCCAAGAUGCACAACUCCGAGAUCAGCAAGCGGCUCGGGGCGGAGUGGAAACUUUUAUCCGAGGCGGAGAAGAGACCUUUCAUUGACGAAGCCAAGCGGCUCCGAGCCCUGCAUAUGAAGGAACACCCGGAUUAUAAAUACCGACCCCGGAGGAAAACCAAGACCCUCAUGAAGAAGGAUAAGUACACGUUGCCCGGGGGCUUGCUGGCACCGGGCACCAAUACCAUGACCACUGGGGUAGGGGUUGGGGCCACCUUGGGAGCUGGGGUGAACCAGAGGAUGGACAGUUAUGCUCACAUGAACGGCUGGACCAACGGAGGCUAUGGGAUGAUGCAAGACCAGCUCGGCUACCCACAGCACCCGGGGUUGAACGCUCACAACGCGGCUCAAAUGCAGCCCAUGCACCGCUACGACGUGAGCGCCCUGCAGUACAACUCCAUGACCAGCUCGCAGACUUAUAUGAACGGAUCGCCCACCUACAGCAUGUCUUACUCCCAGCAAGGGACCCCGGGGAUGGCCCUGGGAUCCAUGGGCUCGGUGGUCAAGACGGAGUCCAGCUCGAGUCCCCCUGUAGUCACUUCUUCUUCCCAUUCAAGGGCUCCAUGCCAAGCUGGGGACCUUCGGGACAUGAUCAGCAUGUAUCUACCAGGUGCUGAAGUACCAGAACCAGCUGCCCCAAGCAGACUUCAUAUGUCCCAACACUACCAGAGUGCACCUGUUCCUGGUACAGCCAUUAAUGGCACACUUCCUCUAUCACAUAUGUAA